AUGAGGCAGGAGGUUAGUUAUGGUCUCUCAGGUGCCAAAAUCAGCAAAAACACUGCCAACCAAAGUUUGUAUCACGUUAAACUGACUGACAGCGCGAUCCAGAUGCUGGAAACCUUUCAGAACCUGAAGACAUCACUAUCAAAUCAGCCAACAAUUUGCUUCAAGGAGAACCAGGUGUACAUGAAGAUUCCAGCCCCGACCCCGGAUGCCCCUGAUGCCACAAGAAUCAUCAGGUUCAACUUGUCCAGUGGUGGCAGUGAGAACCCACAGUCCAGCUUAGAGUGCAUUCAGCAGUACGUCUCAGGGGACGACAGCGAACACCUGGAGAGCAAGGGCCACAUUCAGGGCAAGAUGACAAUGUGUGGCACAGAACAGUCCUUCCAGACUAUGCGGGAAAACCUGACUCAGAUGGAGAACGCCAGCCAUAAACACUCAGCAAUUGAGAUUGAGCGGAGGCCAAUUAAGUUUAGAAAAGUCCAGAGGAAGCAGAGUCUAAAGCCAGGCUCACACAGCAGCAGCAGCAGCAGCAGCAGCAAGAGGAGUCAGGUUCUCAGCCCUGUGGCUCGCUGGCCCUUGAGGGAUUGGAUUAUUCAUCGGCUCGCUUUAAGGCCACACAAGAAACCUGAUCUGCUGCUGUGGUUGGAGAGAGAGCGAGUUGGUUCAGAGGACAUGGCUGAGCUGACCUCAGUGUUGGAGGAGGAAACGCCCAUCAAACUCAGACCCGUCCAACGAUCUGGACCUGAAAAAACAGAGGACAUCGGUCCAGCCUGUGCCUCCACAGGUGCCCUGUCCAGAUGUGGGACUUCUGGAAGCCCCCACAGCUCAGCCCUGUCCUCUGCAGACCUCCACAAAGGCCACACGGGAGAGAACGUUACAGCGACUGUCACCUCAGCAACUCCACUCCCCGACUAUGCUGACAAAUAUGGCAUCAUCACAACUCUGGAGCAGCGGCAGAUGUAUGAAGAGGAGUUUGAUGCCGAGUAUCAUGAAUACCAAGUUAUUCAUGACUGGAUCGCCGCUGCCACAGAGAAGUUUGUUCAGCUGAGCUCUGAACUGGACGCGCUGCCUCCUGGGACAGAAGCUUAUCAGCGAAUGCAGGACCAUGUACUGGAGAAGUACAGAAUCUAUCAGCAAUGGUUUCCUGGAUAUCAGGAAGACAAGAGGAAAUACGUGUAUCUUCACCAUAAACUGGUGCAUUUGAAAGACAGGAUAACAACCUAUGACCAAGCGCAGGAGACCAGGAUCCAGGCAAGUCCCCACAGAGACGUGUCGAGCAGAGAGCCAGUACCAGGGUUCAGGUCUGCACAGGGGCAGUGCCGGAGUGGUUCUGGACAUGAGGAGAAGACAGACUGUGUAACUGUAGUAACAGGAGACAAGUUGGUUUUACCUGAGCAUAAGCUGCAGGGCGCUUCAGCGUCUGAGCGCACAGCUGGAGACGUGUUCAAGGUUGCAGUGAAGCUGUCAGGAAUAAAUCCUCUGAUCUCCGUCUGGCGCGUGGCUGAGGAAAGAAGGCUGGCAGAACAGUUUGUUAGCCACAGCACAAACUGUCAUGGAAGUCACAGUAGCAUCUGGCAAAGGAUGAACUAA